UUUUGACGCAUUUACACAAUCAGAAAACACGCAACAUUAUAUCAGGCGGCAGAAAUGAGCUGUUAAAGUGUAUUUGUGUCGCUUAUUCGGAUUGAUGCUCAGUCAAUGCAUUGAUAAGUGUCACAUCCGAAUUAGUGAGCUGAAAAACGAAUUAAAGUAGUAUGAUAUAUUUGAGCUGGACUAUAAAAAUGAUAACUAUUGUAGGUGAUCUACUUCAAACGUAUGGUAUUUACAAGAAACAUGUCGGUGGCUAAACUGCCUAAUGUGGAUUUACAAAUAAGAUAUGGUAAUUAUCAAUUGGUUAUUAUUAUUAAUACAUCGUUGUGGUUGUUGUUGUUGUUGUGUCGUAAAGAAGGGCCACAGUAUUCACAAAUCAAGCGCUCCCCUGUUUCUUCUUCACCGGGAAGCCUAUCAAGUUUGUGUGAAGUUGUGAAAAGUUGUCAACCUAAAAAGGAGCUGGAGAAACUCCUCCCGUCUUGAAAAUAUGAACAACCCGCAGCCAGAUGAAAUGGCCGCUAUGGAGAGCGGGGGAGACUUCAACCAAAAGAGAAACACAACUCUACAAGACUCCCAGCCAUCUUCUCUUGCUCUGUUGGCUGCCACCUGCAGUAGGAUGGACACCCCUGGGGAGGGCGAUUCUCCUUCAGAUCAACAGUCCAACCAGCAGCUGGACUUGAGCCACGGGGUCAUGACGUCCAACGGCUGGCAGGUCAUCCCCGUCAGCCUCCAGGCGUCCUCCAGCGGUUCCACCGUUUCCACCGACUCCUUAGCCAACUCACUAAAGAACAGGCAGGUGAUCUCGACGUCCACGGUGGGGGUCCAGGGACAGCAGCAGUAUGUGGUGGCCCAGGCGCCGACGAUGCAGGGCCAGCAGGUGCUCACCACUCUGUCCAGCGUCAUGCCCAACAUCCAGUACCAGGUCAUCCCCCAGUUCCAGACUGUGGAUGGCCAGCAGUUGCAGUUUGCCCAGGCCCAGCAGGAUCCCAAUUUGGGCGGAGGGCAGCAGUUCCAGCUUGUGUCGACUGCUAAUGGCCAGCAGAUCAUAACGACCACCAACAGAGCCGGCGGAGGAGGCAACAUCCUCACCAUGCCCGGUCUCCUACAGGGCGCCAUCCCCAUCCAAAACCUAGGCUUAGGUGGGGGCCUAUUGCAAAACCAGCCUCAGUUCCAGUUGGCUAACAUGCCCAUGUCCCUCAAUGGAAAUAUCACUCUGCUGCCCGUCAGCACCGGGGCAGGUGGUGCGGAUGGCGGCGGGGAUGCAGGCAUUAAUCAGCUGCUGCAGCAACACCAAGCCGUGUCCACCAACAGCGGCACAGGAUACCUCUCGGGCACGACCACCGUGACCACGCAGACCGCCAAUUCCUAUGGCAUGGCCCAGGUACAGAACAGCAACGGAGUGGUGUCGUCGUUUCAGCACAAUGCGGCGUCGAUGGGUGUCCAGCCGGACAACAGAGACGGACAGCAACAGCCUCAGCAGAUCCUCAUCCAGCCCCAGCAGCUCAUCCAGGGCGGGAAUUCGCUCCAGACCAUCCAAGCCAGCGCCGUCGGGGGACAGGUGUUCGCCACUCAGGACGGUCUUCAGAAUGUGCAGAUCAUGCCCAACACGGGCCCCAUCUUCCUGCGCACCGUGGGCGCCAACGGCCAGGUGAGCUGGCAGACCAUCCAGCUGCAGAGCCCGAUGGGGGGGCAGAUCACGCUGGCCCCGGUGCAGUCCCUGCCUCAGCUGGGCCAGGCCCAGGGAGCCACGGUCAACACGGUGCAGAUCCCCGGCCUGCAGACCAUCAACCUCAACACGCUCGGCAGCUCAGGGCUGCAGAUGCACCAGCUGCAGGGACUUCCCAUCACCAUCGCCAACCCGUCAGGCGAUAAUGCGCAGACGGGGGGAGAGAGUCUGGACGACAGCACCGCCAUGGACGAGGAAGACGUCAGCCCAACCCCUCAAGGAAGACGCAACCGCAGGGAGGCGUGCACCUGUCCUUUCUGCAAAGAUGGGGAGGGCCGCAACGACCCCUCCAAGAAGAAACAGCACAUCUGCCACAUCCCGGGCUGCAACAAGAUCUACGGCAAGACGUCCCACCUCAGAGCCCACCUGCGCUGGCACACGGGGGAGCGGCCGUUCAUUUGCGGCUGGUCCUUCUGUGGCAAGCGCUUCACACGCUCCGACGAGCUCCAGCGCCACAAGAGAACGCACACAGGUGAGAAGAAGUUCCUUUGCACAGAGUGUCCGAAGCGCUUUAUGCGCAGCGAUCACCUCUCCAAGCACAUCAAGACCCACAUCAACAAGAAGGCGGCGUCGGCAGCCACUGGCACCGCGGUCUCGGUCGACGGCGGUUCGCCGGCAGCCGGCUCAGAGGCCGGUGCCGACGCGGUGUCGGGCAACGAGCAGCACACCCUCGUCACCAUGGAAACCCUGUCGGCCGAGAGCAUAGCGCGUUUGGCCAGCAGCGGCGUCAGCGUGCUGCAGGUGGACCUUCACCAGAUGAAUGGCACCAGCUUCUGAGAGAAGCGGGAAGAGGAGACGUUGGUUGGGGCUCCAGAGAGGAUCUGACUUGAGGCUCACAUCGGAGGGGCUUCAGGGCGAAAGAGGACGGGGUUGUGAAUCCACACCGCAAAAUGGACCCUGUUUCUCUUGGCGCUAAGGCGGGAAGAGCGGACGGUCACUAUUUUAAGUAUCUAUGGCAUUUAUCAGGUCUGGGUGAGUAGAGUGGAGGGGUUCGUCAAUGUUGGCUUUAAUGACAUUGUUCUCUUUUAAAGUCAAACUAUCGUUGUCAUAAAGGGAAAUGGCACUACAAAGCCCAUGCAACAGCCAAAUUCACUUCUUUAGAGAUUGCAAUAAAACAUACACAUUUGAUGUAUUCAGAAGGUAUCAUGCGACCAGCCUUUACAGCCUUGUUUGCGAAAAGGUAACACUAUGGUUCUAUGUCAGGCUUAACAUGUUUAGACUUUGAGGCCUUUUCAGCGACCCAUUGAUCUCAGGUGUUUUCUAGUCGGUGACCGACCCACAGCUUGUGUAAAAUAAUCUACCUAGGGAAUGACUUGUUGGAGCCAUAAUUUAAGCAAUAUUUGGUUGUCAGGGUUCGCCAAUUGCCUAGAGUCAUGCUUAAAAAUUACAACCUGUACAACACAUUGGAUGAUGAUCAAUGACUUGAGGAUUUGUGUGAGCAUUUAGGAAUACUGAAAUCCUUGAGACCCUGUGGUACACUUAAAGCCAUCAUUCUUUGAUAUGUCCAUGGCAAUUGCAACCAUUUUUUGUGUAUUGUAUUUUCAAAUAAUAUAAAGGCCUCUUGACUUGGAGAGGAUCACAUUUAGUUGCAAGAGAUUCUUUAUGAGCCUACCAUACAAUCUUAUGUUACUGUUGCAUUACAAUUCUAGAUUUUGUUUUGGAACUCCUAGGCCUUCUAUUAUACGAACAUGUUCUUUAUUCUAUAAAGUAUAUAUCUUCCAAGUACAUUCAGUUUGUUCUGAAGCGUCGUUAUCACCUUGGUUCUUGACUAGGCUGAAGAUAUGACAAGUCAUACCCCACCCCCCUCCUCCUUCCCCUGAAUAGUUGUUUAGUUUAAUCUCAAUAUGAGGAUUUGUGUCCAAUGUCAUCCAGAUGGUGUAACUAAGCUCAAACCAAAGGUUCAUCUUAUUUGUCCACGAGAGGAAUUAAUUAUGUUGUUUCCUUGGUUUGUGAGGGUUUGAAACAAUGUUGGCUCUUAUAAAUGCAGACUCGGAACUGGAAAGGUCAGCAUUAGGCGGAUGCACAUUUUCUUGUCAAAUUUGAUUCAGGGGUCUAGGGUGACUUUACUCAAUGUUUAAUUGAAUAGUCCGUUAAGAAUGAGUACUUUGUCAAAUGUAAUUAAUUUGUAACCUCAAACUCUUUUUACUAAGUUGAUGGAAAAGUGCCCUUAUGCAUCAUGUUUUGUUUUAAUGGGGGAGGGUUUUUAUAUUGUGUAUACUUCUACAAAUGCCAACAGCUGGAUUAAAAUUAUGACUUAAGUCACAUUGUCACCUGUUGAAUUCACCACAUAAAAAGACCAAGAAGUUUAAUUAAAACAAGUUUAUUACAAAUUAAACAAUCACAUUCAAUUGAAACGAGAACAAUAUAAUUAAAGGGCUAGUUAUCCUUUUGUAAUUAAAACCAAAUCACAAAUCGUCAUCUUCCUCCCCAUUCUUCAGUUUGUCAGUGAGGCUAGGUAGGAGGAAAAGUUAAAUAAAAAAAGAUCUUUGAGCAAAUGGUUUUAUUCCCUACACUAGCUUAACGUUAAGCACCCGUGUUGCAUACAUGAUCACUUCCUAACCCCAAGCCCCUGAAGUUUAAAGGCUUUAACUCUGGAAGACAGUCCUAUGUGGAAUCUGAAUAAAAUAGUGAAUUUAGAUAAAUUGCAAUACAAGUAAGGUCAUGUAGAACUACCAAGCGGUGUUUCCAUGAACAGGGUCUGAGGCCAAACACCCACCUGCUGAGGUAGGAGUGGACAUCGGAGAAGCCUCGGUCCUGCGCCAGGGGGAAGAGGAUGCCUGUGGGACAGCGGCCCUCCCUCUGCCGGCAGAAGCUGCAGUUGCAGAUGCCCCGACACAUUGGACAAUGCCACUCCUACAGGAUACAGACAUUAGGACAUUGUUCAAGUUCAACGCACAACAUGACUGUUAAUUGCUUAAGUCUACAUUGUGGCUGCAUCCCACAUUUUUUUUACAGCACACAAACCACUCAAGUUACAUCCAUUAUCGUCAAAAGAAAGUAUGGAGAAAAGUGUAGUCAUAAUGUUUGCAUAUCACCGGAUCAAGCAGAGCCUUUUUGACUUCUUCUCCAUAUCGGUUUUUCAGACAUGGCCCACAGAACUGCCCGUGAAUCCCGCGACACGCCUCAUUGCGGCAACAUGUCUUUGUGUCAAUGGUCUUCUGCCGACACUGGUGACAGGUAGUGCCCUGGAAAAGCACCUUUAUUGUCAGUUAUCCUUCUAACAGUUGCGUGUCAAAACCCGGUCUUGAAAGCUGAUAACGAAACAAUUUAUUAUUUAUUUAUUAUUUAUUAAGUGCUCUAGGAUCAUGUGACAAAAUAAGAUGGACAGAGUACAGAUAGGAUCUGGAAGACAUAACAUUUCCUUGAGUGAAUUACAUAGUUGAAUCCCAGAGGUAUGGGACAUGAUCUCAAAGUUAACAUCAAAUUCUACUCCACAACUAGAGCUAUACACAAGUGACUACAUGGGAUUAGGUUUCUUAAUCCUCAUGAAGUGACCAUUAUUUGGCUCCAAUUGUUGAGUUGUUCAUUUCAUGAAAUUAGUUUUUUUUUU